GCCCACAUGGACACAAGGUGGAAAAACUAAAAAAAACUUCUAGAGUCAGUUUCGAUGACAGUUUGGUGAUGAUGCCCUUGGUGUUGGGGCAUGUGUCCGUCUGCCCUUGUGAAACACAUCAACAGAAAUGAGUGAGGACAACGCACGGAUCCAGAUGGACCUGGCUUUUGGAUCAGCCAAGUCCUACGGGUCCUCCAGAAGUAUUGUGAGGAGAAUAGCUUCUAGUCUUCCUAUUAAUCCCUGCCCUAGGGUUCAUUUUCAGCUUUAUCCGUACAAUGAGGACAAUGGUGUAAUGAUUAGCACCAGGAGGCAGAGCGGCUUGGUGGCCUCUCUGGCCGAUGUCGCCUGGAUUGACGGGGAUGAGGAGGACGACGAAGACUCUUUUGGCAGAUCCAGGUCAGCGAUCCCGCCCGGAUUCGUGUUUCGAGCCCGCCAGCCUCAGCCUCAUCCUCAGAGACAACCCUUAACCCGCCAGAGGUCACUACCAAGCAUACACCAGGGGGCUCCGGAUCCCCAGGGGCCAACAGCCGCCAACGAUGAGGCCAUUCAGAAGAUCGGUGCGUUGGAGACGGAACUUGCAAAACUCAGAGCUCAGAUAGCACUAAUCGUAUUGGCUCAAGAAAAGAACACACAGCCAGCUGCUACCGCUGGGAUACCUCCACCUCCCCCUCCACCCUGUGGCACCCUGCCUCCCCCUCCCCCACCGCCGCCUCCUCCUCCACCACCACCACUACCUCCACCCUUUAGUAUUCAGCGGACAUUUUCUGCCAUUGACUUGAUAAAGGAGCGCAGAGGGAAGAAGACAGACAGCCAGACGGGUUUGGACUCAAAGCAAGCAGAAGUCCCCAGCAUGCUUGAUGUCCUGAAAGACAUGAGCAAAGUCAAACUGCGAUCAGUCAAAAGUCGGCCAGCGGACGGUGAUGCCAAAGUGAAGUCCUACGAGCCUGUAGACGCUGCUUCUCUCAUCGCCGAGGCCCUGAAACGCAAGUUUGCCCAUCGCUAUCGACACGACAGUGAACGAGGUGACAAGGACGAUUUCAAACUUCCCGAGCCAGAAGUGAAACCUCAAACUGAAACCCCUUUGUUUGGGCAGCACAUGUUAAAAUCAACUGGGAAAAGGAAGUUGCUGUGAACAGCUGAUUCUAGUCUCGAGAUCCAGAUGUGUUGCGGACACUUUGAAGUGCCUUAUCACAUCCUAAAUAUGCUUCUGUGGAAGAACAAGGGAUUCUGCCUGAAGUAGAUGACAGUCUGCUCCAAGUAUCAGUCAUCUCACAGUGUUGUAUCCAAGUCAUCUUCAACAUCUGUUUUUUUGCACUUUUCUAAAUUAUAAUAUUAGCUUUCUGUUAUUCAAACAUGAUUGUUUUUGUUUAACCGAAUGUCUUUCUUUUGUUUGUUUUUGUGUUGAAUAGUUUAAGCGUCUGUCCUGAUUUAAAGUGUCAGAGGAAACACUACAGAAUUGAUCAACCUUAUUAGUUUUAUUGCUCAAUCAUAACUAAGAUUUUUUUUUGUUAAACUUGUUGCACAUCACAUAUUUGGUCAUGUUUGCAUUCCCUUUUUAAGGGGUCUGUGAAAGCUGAAGGGUUCUUCUACCACAGAAGAAAGGGAGCACUUUCUUACUUGAGGAAUAUUGUGCUGUAUUGUUUAUACAUGUAUAAUAGACUAAUUUAUGAUUGUGAUCCUUCUAUUUAUGUUGUGGUUUUAGUUGAUGAUUAAGAUUUGAACAGGUAAUUAUGUCCUAGAUUUGUCCAUUAUUAAUUCCAGGUGGCUUUUAGAGGAUUUUGUACUUUAUCCGUUGAGCCUGUGUGAGUUGUGUCACAGUUGCCAGUCUUGCCGAGGCUUGUGUCUCUUUAGUUUUAGUUGACAUUACUUUUCUCUUUAGUACGAUCUGUUAAGGAGCCAAAGACAUUCCAGUGAUGAUCUGCUAGAUUCUGCCUUACACUGCCAAAUAUCUUUUUUUUUCUCCUCACUCCCAUUUAAGAUGAUUCUUAAAUAAUGAGGAAAACCGACACUGUAACUGAAGCAAAGUUCACAUUUCUUGUUUAGGUUAUUGACGUUACAGGCGAAUAUGCAAUGUUUUGUUGCUUUAUCUUUUUCUUGGAUAAGAUUCUUUUAGAUGCUUUCCCAGAAUUUAAGACUAAAGAAAAAAAAAUAUCAUGGUAUUUUCACAUCUAGUUUCUAUAUUAAAAACAUUUAAGUAAUGGGUCCUAAGGUACCCAUUGUUAUAAGUAUUCCAAAGGUGUAAAAUUAUGCUUUUGUGCCAGUAAUCAUCACAUUCUAAUGCCUCAGUUGGAAAAAGACACAUCGACACCUCGGGGACCUUUGAGGUUUUUAGCUAUUUGUUCAAAGUAACUGAUUGCACAUUGUUUCCAGUGUAGUUGCUGCUUCAAGUCAACUCUACUAAUAUUACCUUUUUAUUGGGGAACGUGGACUGCAUGUGUCAGAAGGAUGUUGUAGAAAAAUUGUUAACUUAAAUUGUCUAAUCUCUAAAUAAAAGUUUAUGUUCU